AUGAAAGCCCCUUUGGGAGAUCAACCGACACGGCAACAAGAGGACGACCUCGUGUCCAUGAGUUCAGAUUAUGCAAUUCAGUUCUCCGACAUAGACUCUGAUGCCCGUGGUCAUGGCCAAAGCAAACGCAUCUUUAUCCAACCUCCAGUGACAAUCAAUCUAUUCGGCGCUGGGGCAGGGCCUGCUGCUGCUACCACUUUCAGCAAUACCGGCAUAUCCGGUAGCAGUGAUCCCAUUAUUUCGCGCCUGGAGAGCCAAAUCGCAGUUCUAUCAUCCAAAGUUGAGCAGCUUGCUUCACAGGUCAACUCAGCGCAGCCUAGACUUCAGGUUGAUGGCGGGGAGUGGAGCACACAGAAUAUCCAAUGCAGUUACCCCAGGGGUCCAACACAGCACCGCAUCACCUUUGAGAAGAGGUUUAAGUCGGCGCCGAGGGUCGUAGUAAGCAUGAACAGUGCUGAUAUAGAUAAUAGCGAGAACUUUAGGCUCAUAGUGUAUGCAACGGACAUCGAUGUGGAAGGAUUCACCGUUCAUUUAGAACCUUGGCAUAAUACAUACCUAUACGAUUGCGGGGUCUCAUGGAUAGCUAUAGGAGAUGAAAAGGAAUAAGUUACACUAGGGUACAUAUCAAAUGUCAAGAAUUCAUUCCUUCAGAUGUCAACUUCUGGUAUCAUUUCCCCUUUACUGUAAGCCCUAUUUCGAAGUGUGAAGAUAUUCCUAUCAAAUGACAAGAAGUGCACAAUGCUUCAACCCCACCUGCCCAAUCAGGAAAAUUCUCUAUUGUAUGAACAACGUCUGAACCUGGACUUGGCUGCAAUUACUAAGACGACAACGAAGUAAUAAUCCGUUCUCGGUAGGGAAUAAACGGCAAUGGCCGCUACAUUACCAAUAGGGCAGGUUGGCAGGGAAUAGGCGCCAGGUAUCGCGCAUCUAAAUCACCUGCCGAAUACAACCAUAUGAAACUGACCAGCCGCCUGGGAGCAAAAUUGCGUUCCCAAUUCAGCACAUGGAUUUGGUACAUUCCGUCUAUCAAUGUUCAUUUGUUUUACUCAUCCAAUAUACCCAGUCUAUCGCUUAUUCCACAUAGCUACAGCCCUGAUGCUUUUACUCUAAUAAACCAGCGGCUAUGGUCUCACCUCCGCUUCUGAUAACAACCCGCUGUCCAGGCUCCAACGGCACCUUUGCCUCCAACUUGAUCAAGAUGCGAGCAACUCCCCCGGGCUGUACUACCUUGGGCUUCUUCUUGAUGAUUUCGCCAGUGGCUUUGUCGAGGAUAGCUGCUAUUGAUUGAAUCUGGCCUGCUGCGUGAAGUCUGCCACGGUGGAGGUCCACCGGCAUGGGCAUCAGAUGCUCAAAUGCCAUGGCCUUCAUGGUAAACGUGUCACCAAUAUCGAUGGGAUCCGUCGUGUGGCAAAUUAUGUCACCAAUCUUGAUGUGAAUUGGGUCAAUGUUUGUCAAGGCAACACUGACGUUCUGGCCGGCCACGGCCCAGUCCUUGGCCUCAGUAUCAAGCAUGAUGGACUUGAUGUACGCUGAUUCCCCGCUGGGUUGCACCAACAGAGCAUCUCCAACCUGAAUCGUUCCAGAAUCGAUGCGACCAGCAAGAGUCGUAGUCCCUUGCUGUGAGCGGAAAAUUUCAGAAAUCGCCAUUCGGAAAGGCUUCUUCAGAGACCGCACGGUGGACGGCCCAGAUGCCUCUAGGCCAUCU